GUUUUCUUCACUCUGUUGAUUUCUAUAGGAAUUUUCUUGGGUUAAUUCCUUUGUACGCAAUCAGAACGUGGGAGCAACCGAACUAUCUUUUGCUGCAUUGGGAAUACUUAUCCAAUUAGCCUUUUUUUCACCAUAAUCUUGCAUUAAAUGGAACAGUCGAAAUUGGCUGCAGAAUCUGAUGCCCUAAAGGAUAAUCCUUUUAGGCCCAAGCUAAAAAAUAGCAAUGCACUUGAGUCUUUUGGCAGUCUGAGAAGUAAAAAGAUAUCAGCUAGAUGGGAUCCAGUUGAAGCAUGUCGGCCUAUUAUUGAUGAAGCACCUGUGUUUUAUCCGACUGUUGAAGAGUUUGAAGAUACACUCGGUUACAUAGCAAAGAUACGUCCGCAUGCUGAACCCUAUGGCAUAUGUAGGAUUGUCCCUCCACCUUGCUGGGUUCCACCUUGCCCUCUUAAGGAGAAGGAUCUGUGGGAAAAUGCAAAAUUUCCCACCCGUAUUCAGUAUAUUGAUUUACUUCAAAAUAGGGAACCUAUGAGGAAAAAAAGUAGGGGAAAAAAACGAAAACGGAGAAAGCACUCCAAAACAGGCACAUGCAGGAGUCUUGCCAAUUCAGCUUCUGGAGCUAACAAUGCUUCUGAAUCUGAUGAGAAAUUUGGAUUUCAAUCAGGGUUGGACUUCACGCUUAAAGACUUUCAGCAAUAUGCUAAUUUUUUUAAGGAAUGCUACUUUGGUUUGAAAGAUACCAAUGAAGAUGGAAAACUUAGUGAUAGUAACCACCAAAAGAGAGGGGAGCCCUCUGAGGCGGAAAUUGAAGGUGAAUACUGGCGAAUAAUUGAGCAACCAACUGAUGAGGUUGAGGUGUAUUAUGGAGCUGACUUGGAAACUGGAGCACUUGGAAGUGGUUUUCCUAAGACAUCAUCCUUAACUAAGAGUGAUUCAGAUCAGUAUGCCCUGUCUGGAUGGAAUCUAAAUAACUUCCCGCGACUGCCAGGUUCUGUACUAAGUUUUGAAGGAAGCGACAUCUCAGGAGUUCUAGUGCCAUGGCUGUAUGUUGGCAUGUGCUUUUCAUCAUUUUGCUGGCAUGUUGAGGAUCAUCACCUUUAUUCGCUUAAUUAUCUGCACUGGGGUGACCCAAAAGUAUGGUAUGGAGUACCUGGAUGCCAUGCUUCGGUUUUUGAAGAUUCAAUGAGGAAGAACUUGCCUGAUUUAUUUGAGGAACAACCAAAUCUACUCAAUGAACUGGUUACUCAGUUAUCUCCUUCAAUUCAUAAAUCUGAGGGAGUUCCUGUGUAUCGUACUGUUCAGCAUUCUGGGGAAUUUGUUAUUACCUUUCCAAGGGCAUACCACUCUGGCUUCAAUUGUGGCUUCAAUUGUGCAGAGGCAGUGAAUGUGGCUCCUGUUGAUUGGUUAAUGCAUGGCCAGAAUGCUGUUGAGCUUUACAGUUUGCAAUGCCGUAAGACAUCAUUGUCACACGACAAGCUGUUAUUUGGAUCAGCAAAGGAAGCUGUACGAGCCCUUGCACAGCUAGCUCUUUUUGGAAAGGAAACUCCAAAAAAUUUGAAUUGGAGAAGUGUAUGUGGGAAAGAU